AGCAAAUAAUAUAUUUAGUAGAACAAAAAUGUCGUUCAAAAUUAAUAUCAAACUCUCAGGCGUGGGAGAAAGCUUUGAAGUAGAAAUUCAGCUAACAGAUACAGUCGAGACUAUAGUACAGAAGUGUGCUGACGCUAGAGACGACUUGGAAGCUAGCAGGAUUACUCUUGUAUUUAAGGGAAGAAUCCUCAAAGUUGAUAAGACCGUAGAAGGAUUAGAGCUGAAGGAAGGAGAUACUAUUCAUUUGGUUAGGAAGCCAGGGGCUAAGAAGAAGCCAGCACCAGCAGCAGCUGCUGCUGGAACUCCAGCAGCUGGAGCUACGACAGCUGGGUCUACUGCUACUCCUCCAACUGGAGGAGCAACUGGAGCGUCUGCUGCUGGUACAGCAGGAGCUUCUAACCCAUUUGCAGGACUAGGAGGUCUUGGCGGACUUGGUGGCCUUGGAGGAAGUAUUCCUGGUAUGUCAGCAGGAGGUGGUCUUUCUGGAAUGGGAGGAAUGAACCUUGAUCCAAGCACUAUUCAAUCAAUGAUGAACAAUCCUAUGUUCCAAAAUAUGAUGGACCAAAUGAUGUCUAAUCCAGAAUUUAUGAGCAAUAUGAUUGACAAUAAUCCUACUUUAAGGCAAAUGUCUGAGCAGAAUCCUCAAGUAAGAGACUUACUUUCGAACCCUGAUUUGAUGAGAAGCAUGAUGACACCUGAAGCCAUUCAAGCUUCAAUGAAUUUAAUGAACAAUGCAAAUUCAAAUAGCAUGUUUGGUACUAUGUCUGGAGCUCCCGGUAGUAUGGCAAUGCCAGGGACUGCUUCUUCUGGUUCUAGUGGAGCUGCUUCAGCAGGAACUGCAGAGAGCUCAGCAACUACUCCUGCUGCUACUGGCACUCCCGAAACUACUACUGAAGCUACAGGAACUACUGAAGCAUCAGCACCUGCAGCAUCUACUACUGGAACUGCAGCAGGUUCAACAACUUCAGCAACAGGAACAGGUGCAACAGGGGCCGGAGCUACAGGAACAGGAGCAUUGCCAGGUUUAGGAGCUUUCGGUGGCCUUGGAGGUGCUGGAGCUACUGGAUCAGCGACAGGAACUGGUGCUGCUGGAGCAGGUGCUUUUGAUUUCAACUCAAUGCUUGGAUCCCUAGGUGGAAUGGAAGGAUUAAAUAGCAUGAUGCAAAACAUGGAUCCUCAAACAAUGCAAAACUUAAUGAACUUAAGUUCUUCUAUGGGAGGAGCUGGUGCAGCUGGUGCAGGUGGUGCAGGUGGUGCUGGUGGUGCUGGUGGUGCUGGAAUGGGGGCAUUCCCUGGAUUUGGUGCUUUCGGAGCUCCAGGAGGAGCAAGUGCAUCUACAACCCCAGCAGCUUCUACUGAACCAGAGCAAGAUCCUAAAGAAAAAUAUGCUACACAACUCCAGCAAAUGAAAGAUAUGGGAUUCACUGAUGAAGCAACUAACAUUGAAAUGUUAAAGCAAUGAAAUGGAAAUGUCACAAUUGCAGUUGAGAGAUUAUUGUCAAUGCUUGGAUAAACUUAUGUAUGAAUAUUCU